CAGCAGCAGCCAUCAGUCCCAUUGAUUCAGAGAGAGUGGGAGCUCCGCAGACAACAACAGCUCCUCCGCGGGUCCGGGAUGCUGCACAGCCAUGGGACAAAGGAAACAUCCAGCUUUCUAACAAAGAGCCAUCAAAUCCACAUGGGAUCCUAAAUUUUAGUGGAACUUUACCUUUUUGUUAUAUUUACAUGUUUAUUUUUUUUUUAACCUCGUUGCCUUUUUAUUGUUAAGAAAUCAAUGAACUGAUUAGAAAAGGAAGGGGAUGUUCUGUCAUUCAGAGAGACAGUUAAUGGAGAUGGGGAAGAGAACAUGCACGUAACUAGAGGGGUCCAGUCCCUCUGGCAGAGCAGCCCUUGCUCCAGCUUCCAGCCCCACAGCUGCUCCACCGUGUCCUCAUGUGGCACUAGUCACUGACCGACCUGUCAGCACAGCCCGGAGCCGACUGAAGCGGAAAGUCCAGCCGGGGCCAUGACCUCAUCGGACAAUGAUGAAACCGGGAGCGACCUGUCUGAGUCCCUGGAGAUCCGCGAGCUCCAGGACCAGUACACGGACCCCGAGUACUGCUUCAAGUCCAAAAGCUUGCCCAUCCUGAAUGGGCCGUGUCAGCCGGACCGCGAGGCAGCGGAGACCCGGUUGCUCAACACCACCCACGCCUGUGUGGCCGUGGGCGAGUCCGGCGAGCUCCAGCUGAAAACCCCAGACUCCAGCCAAGCAGAGUCCCCCUCCUCCAGGACAGACUUCUCUCCCUCGGCCUCCAGCAUGGUGGGGCUCAGCAGCUCUCUGCCGGUGGAGGGCCACAGGGCUGGUGGCGCUGGGGCCAAAAAACUUGGCUUCCCUUUUACCUGCCUUAUCCGUAUCCCAGUCAGGAAGUAUGUGCGGGCCAUCCUGAGGGACUCGCGCUGCUUCCUGUUCUGCAUGUGCUACCUGACCUUCAUCCAGUCCCUGAUGGUCUCGGGCUACCUGAGCAGCGUCAUCACUACCAUUGAGAAACGUUACAGCCUCCGCAGCUCGGAGUCCGGCCUGCUGGUCAGCUGCUUCGACAUAGGCAGCUUGAUUGUGGUGGUCUUCAUCUCCUAUUUUGGCGGCAGAGGUCAGAGGCCGCGCUGGCUGGCUGUGGGUGGUGUGGUCAUCGCCAUAGGGGCCGCGAUGUUUUCCCUGCCCCACUUCAUCUCGCCACCCUACCAGAUCCAGGAGAUGAACUCAUCGUUGGGUCACGGAGGCCUCUGUCAGAUCGGCAACAACAGCGGGCGAGAACUUGACGUGGCGUCGUGCCCCCGCGACCAGGAGGGCAACGAGCACAACCUGUACGUGGCUCUGUUCAUCUGCGCCCAGAUACUCAUAGGCAUGGGGUCCACGCCCAUCUACACCCUGGGGCCCACCUACCUGGAUGACAACGUGAAGAAAGAAAAUGCAUCCCUCUACCUGGCCAUCAUGUAUGUGAUGGGCGCCCUGGGACCUGCAGCUGGCUACCUGCUGGGUGGAGUCCUCAUCGGCUACUACGUCGACCCCACAACUGUCGUGAACAUCGACCAGAGUGACCCUCGCUUUGUUGGCAACUGGUGGAGUGGCUUUCUCCUGUGUUCCGUUGCCAUGCUGCUGGUCAUCUUCCCCAUGUUUGCCUUCCCCAAAAAGCUGCCUCCUCGCCACAAAAAGAGGAAGAAGAAAAAGAUGGGCUCGCCCGGUGACGUGUCCAGUGACGAUGAGAUGAUGAAGGAGAAGUCCAGCACCAAAGGCCAGAAAGUCACCUCCUCCAUGGGCUUUGGGAAGGACAUCAAAGACCUCCCCAAGGCAGCACUGAGGAUCCUCAGCAACAUGACCUUCCUGUUCGUCAGCCUGUCCUACACGGCCGAGUGUGCCAUCGUCACCGCCUUCAUCACCUUCAUUCCAAAGUUUAUCGAGUCUCAGUUUGGCAUCCCCGCCUCCAACGCCAGCAUCUACACCGGUGUGAUCAUUGUCCCCAGUGCCGGCGUGGGCAUCGUGCUGGGGGGCUACAUCAUCAAGAAGCUGAAGCUCGGAGCCAGAGAGUCGGCCAAGCUGGCCAUGAUCUGCAGCGGGGUGUCCCUGCUCUGCUUCUCCACGCUCUUCAUAGUGGGCUGCGAGAGCAUCAACCUGGGAGGCAUCAACAUACCGUACACCACUGGGCCGACCCUGACGAUGACCCACAGGAACCUGACGGGAAGCUGCAACGUGAACUGUGGCUGCAGGAUCCACGAGUACGCUCCCGUCUGCGGCUCCGACGGCAUCACCUACUUCAACCCCUGUCUGGCUGGAUGCAGCACCGUGGGCAAUGAGAGCACCGGGAUCAGGAACUACACGGACUGCGGCUGUGUGCAGAGCCGGCAGGUCAUCACGCCGUCCUCCGGCGGGCAGGUCAACCAGCUGCAGCUGGUCAUCGUCAAAACCUACCUGAACGAGAAUGGCUACGCCGUGUCGGGGAAGUGCGACCGCACCUGCAACACGCUCAUCCCCUUCCUCAUCUUCCUCUUCAUCGUCACGCUCAUCACCGCCUGUGCCCAGCCCUCCGCCAUCAUCGUCACACUCAGGUCUGUUGACGAGCAGGAGAGGCCCUUUGCUCUCGGGAUGCAGUUUGUCCUGCUCCGGACUCUCGCCUACAUCCCGACGCCCAUCUACUUCGGUGCAGUGAUCGACACCACGUGCAUGUUGUGGCAGCAGGACUGCGGCGUGCACGGCUCCUGCUGGGAGUACGACGUCACCUCCUUCCGCUUCGUCUACUUCGGCCUGGCCGCCAGCCUCAAGUUCGUGGGCUUCAUCUUCAUCUUCCUCACCUGGUACUCCAUCAAGCACAAGGAGGACCUGGCCGAGCGCUGGCGGCAGCACCUGCCUCCGCUGGGCACCGUCAGCGACCUCAUCUGCCACGCCGGCGGCCAGAAGAGCCACGCCCGCACCCGCUCCUGCCCCGUGUUCAUCCCCCCCCGGCCCGACCCCCCCACCGCCCUGCUGCUCAGCCGCGGCCACAGCAGCCUCAGCUGCCCCGGCAACACCCUCGAAGCAAUAACCCCGCCCAUCAUCUUGCCGCACCACCACGAAGGCUCCGCCCGCGUCUGA